AUGGAUGUUGUCGAUCGCGCCCUUGAGGCCAUGGGCAUGGAUGCCGUUGAUGCCUUGCGCGCUUUUUUCCUUCUAGCCGCUGCCACUACUAUCACGGUUAGCAUUCCCACCUCUCUACGUUCUCGCUUCCUAGUCUAUGGUCCUCGCGCUGCAUCUCCCUCUACACCUGAAUCACGACCAAAUCCCCCCACCUCCUUGGGCUUGCUCGACUACCUUGCCACUUGGCAGGUUCCUCAUAGCUACUUCGCCCAGUUCUACAUUGCUUCUGUUCUUUCUUCCGUAUUCUGGGCUUUUCAGCUGGUCUUUCGGGGCCGAGUCUUCCAACUUAUCGCGACACGAGUCAGCGAAGAGCAUGCACGUCAUUCUAUAUCCCUCACACAAGUCCUGAUCUGCUGGAUUUUGCUUUCAAUCCAAGGGACGCGCCGGCUGUGGGAAAGUCACAAGUUUGCGAAGCCUUCAUCUUCACAGAUGUGGGUUGUACACUGGCUUCUGGGGUUGGGGUUCUACCUGGCUGCCGGCGUGGCUAUUUGGAUUGAAGGAUCCAGCACCAUCCUAUCGCGCAAUCUCACAAUUGAUGACGUGAAAAUGACAAAUGCUCCAACUAUCCGCACCUUUUUGUGUGUUCCACUAUUCUUGAUGGCAUCGGGCUUACAGCACGACUGUCACCACUUUCUUUUUUCAUUAAAGAAGUACACUCUUCCCGAUCACCCUAUUUUCCGCGCGGUCGUAUGCCCUCACUACGGGGCCGAGUGCAUCAUCUAUCUAUCUCUUGCACUUCUUGCAGCACCACCGGGUCAGAUGGUGAAUAAGACUUUGUUGGCAUGCUUGGCCUUUGUGGCUGUGAACCUUGGUCUUACGGCACAGACAACCAAGGAGUGGUAUAUGCAUAAAUUUGGCGGAGAGGCCGUGCAGGACCGAUGGCUCAUGAUCCCCUGGAUAUUUUAA